AUGGCUUCUACGUUGCCGGCGGUGCACCGUUUUGGCACGCCGCUCCGGCGGUCAUUGGCACGCUCUCUCGCCGCCUCCGCCCGUCGAUCCUUUGCGACUGAGGCAAACCCGCCGGCCUCUGCACGCUCAAGGCCGACAUACUUCAAAAACACGACCGUCGAGUCCUUUGCCACGUUUGUUGGCGGGCCCGCACCAGACGAGCCCCUAUCUGUCAACGCUGCCUAUGAACUGCAGACCGUCGAGGUCGGCCCCGCCGGUCGCAAGAAGAAGGUCACACGCCUGCCGUCGUGGCUCAAGACCGACCUCCCCAACCCCGGAUCCAAUGAGAACCUCAAGAAGAUCAAGAGUGACCUGCGUGGUCUGGGGCUGCACACCGUCUGCGAGGAGGCGCGCUGUCCCAACUUGAGCGAGUGCUGGGGCGGCUCGUCGCGGGCGGCGGCGACGGCCACCAUUAUGCUCAUGGGCGAUACCUGCACCCGCGGCUGCCGUUUCUGCAGCGUCAAGACCAACCGCGCCCCGGCACCGCUGGACCCGCACGAGCCGGAGAACACGGCCGAGGCGCUCGCGCGCUGGGGCCUGGGCUACGUUGUCCUGACGAGCGUCGACCGUGACGACCUGGCGGAUGGUGGUGCGCACCACUUUGCCGAGACGAUCCGGCGGAUCAAGGCCAAGAAGUCGACGCUGCUCGUCGAGGCGCUCACGGGUGACUUCCGCGGCGAUCUCGACAUGGUGCAGGUUGUGGCCGAGAGCGGACUCGACGUCUACGCACACAACAUUGAGACGGUCGAGGGCCUGACGCCGUACGUGCGCGACCGUCGUGCGACGUUCCGGCAGAGCCUCAAGGUGCUGGCGCACGCCAAGGAGGUGCGCGGCGGCGGCGUGGACACGCCCAACGGCCUGAUCACAAAGACAAGCAUCAUGAUGGGUCUGGGCGAGCAGGAGGACGAGGUGUGGGAUGCGCUGCGGGAGCUGCGCAAGGCCAACGUGGAUGUUGUUACGUUUGGGCAGUACAUGCGGCCAACGAAGCGCCACCUCAAGGUCGAGCGGUACGUGACGCCCGACGAGUUUGAAAUGUGGCGGCUGCGCGCGCUGGACAUGGGCUUCUUGUACUGCGCGAGCGGCCCGUUGGUGAGGUCGUCGUACAAGGCCGGCGAGGCCUUUAUCGAGAACGUGCUGAGAAAGCGCCAGGGUGGCGUGCAGUCCCUGUCGGCCACGCCUUCUGCUACGGCCACGGCGCUCGAGGACGAGAAGACGCUGUAA